CAUCAUCGUGCCUAGCAGGGGAAAACAUCCCUUAUGAGGUACUUACCCAAAUUCUCGACUUUAAUCAAACUGGUGUGUUUUCUAGGACUCUGGUUUUUAGUUAUGCGUCAUGUCCCCACUAAGAACGCGAUUGAGCCCGAGCGCGUGGCUGCGAUUAUGUCAUCGUGGCAUUCUCUUGAGGUAGUCUCAUGCAAAAAGAUGCAAACUCUAUGGGCGGGUUAUGGACACAUCUACGAAGUUACAGCGCGAGAAAUUAGCGGUAAAAAUGGGGUUGGAAAAGAAUCAGAAGUAUUACGACUGGUACUCAAGUUCAUCGCACCUCCACCAACGAAGCCGGAGUCGGAAGAUGAAGGCCAUCUUAGGAAGUUGAUGAGUUAUCAGGUGGAGCAGUACUUCUACGACUCAGUAGCCCCGCUUUUGGAGGACGAGACUGCUGUCGCUCAUGUUAUUGCUACCACGCGCGAUUCGCAAGGAAAGGCGGGAGCUGAGGAGCUUCAGGGUUUGACGGCUACUGUUAUGACUGAUUUAAGACCCCAAUUUCCAAUUGCCGGGGAGAAGAGGUCAGAACUUAAUACGAAACAGGUGCAUGCGGCACUCGACUGGUUGUCUAGUUUUCACAGAAGUAGUCGAAAGUUGAUCCCAGACAAUUUACAAGAGCUCCUACGCCCACCCCUCGAAGAAGCCAAGAGGAGGCAGAACGGCGAUAAUUCGGGAACGAAGUUUUGGCUCAAUGGAGGCUACACGUAUCUCGCUACACGUCGCAAGGAAUAUUCUGCCCUCGCUAAAGAUGGAAACUCAGAGUGGUCAAGUGCUCUCUGCAAGCCGAGGACUCCGGGUGGGCAGUCGGUAUCUGAGAUGGUAGCUGAUUUCUUAACGCCGCGCGGUCGGAGUUAUGAGACACUCAUCCACGGCGAUGUAAAAUCCGAAAACUUAUUUACCACCCAAUCUGGCGAUAAAGUCGCGUUCUACGACUUUCAAUACGUUGGCCUCGGGAUUGGUGCCUCCGACCUCGCAAAGCUGUUUACGUGCUCGGUACCGCUAGGCUUGCUUGUCGACGACAUAAGGCACGUGCCACAUGAACUUGCAAUGGAGGAAGGCGAGAAAAAGCUUUUGAAGUAUUAUUGUUCGAGUUUACUUGUCGAUUUUAAGGAUGCGGAAGGACAUAUUCAAGAGUAUGAUUGGGACGAGUUCGUACGGCAUUGGGAGACUGCGCUAGUGGACUGGUUAAGAUUUCAGGCGUCUUGGGGAUUUUGGGGCAAUACUGAGUGGCUUGAAGCUAGAGUUAGGUCGAUUCUGAAAGACCAACAAUGGAAAAAUUGGCUACAGGAUAAUAAAUAAUCACAACCGAGGAGAAGUUUAAUUUGAAAAUUUUAAGACCAUAUGAAGCACGAAACAUAAAUAUAAGGAUUAGAUUCAUCUGCCA